GCAGCUGCAAACCCUGAUGCGCAUUCGGCGACAUGUUUUCGUGGGGAGAGGACUACCGGCAGAGCUUUCGCCGGAAAAAGGGCUCCGGCGUCCCGACUUCAGACGGAGUCCAGCUCCUGCAGCUCAGCUUCCACAUCAGGGACCUGUCCGCUGCUCAACAUCUUCUCGCCUUCCUCAAAGAUAAUGGAGAGGCGUCCAUCAUCCGCACCCAGGAAGGGAGCAGAGGCAAACAGAAGUUUGUCAACUGCGGUGAGACGAUCCAGGCUGUUAGUUGCAGCGAUGAUGUUGUCAUGCUGCUGUCUGACGGGGGCAAGGUCUUCAGCGUGGACCCAAACGUCACUCCAUUCACUCCCAGGCCUCCAAAAGCAUUGUCCGGCAUCCAAAUAACACAGAUUGCCUGUGGGAGCCAUCACACUGUUGCCCUCACCAAAGGUGGUCAGGUGUACACGUGGGGCCAGGACUCCAGGGGGCAGCUGGGACUGGGUAGUAAUUCUGGAGCCGGCUCACCCCAGCACGUCCGAACUCUGUCGUCCAUCCCCGUGGUCCGGAUCUCUGCGGGAGGAGAGCACAGCUUCGCCCUGUCCGUGUCCGGAGGCGUGUUCGGCUGGGGCAGAAACGACUGCGGACAGCUCGGACUGGGAGACACUGAAGACAGAAACACACCCGCGCCUGUCAGUUAUCUGAACAUGAAGAAAGUAGUUCAGAUUACCUGUGGAAAAGAGCACUCCGUUGUCUUAACGAAAGAGGGUGCAGUGUUUACGUUUGGCUCCGGCCGUUACGGACAACUUGGACACAACUCUUUCCAAAAUGAGCUCCGUCCUCGGCUUGUUGCAGAGCUCUGGGGGGCAAACGUCACCAAGACUGCCUGUGGGAGAUAUCACACACUAGUGCUGACUGACCCAAUGAAGGUGUACUCCUUUGGCUGUAAUGACCACCAGCAGCUGGGACGUGAAGAAGAUAGUCAUCCGUCUGUCCCGCUACCUGUACAACUGCCAAUCUGUUCCACAAAUGGUCACAGGAUUGAGAACAUCUUUGCUGGAGCAGAUUGUUCGUUUGCAACCUGGAGACCAAAAGAGGAUGGAUUGAACUCAAAGACCAACAUAACACAGCAGCCUAUUGAAAGAAUGGUGGCUAAAUGGACAUCUGAAUGUAACGCAAAGUUGGGGCAAAUGACAAAAGAGGAAAUUCACAGCACAUUCUCCUCCGCUUCAGUUAUCAAUCGAAGCUUCCUUGACCUAAGCAAGGAUAAGCAUUUCCAAACGUCACCAAACUACCCCGGUUUGGACUUAUCGUUAGCCAAAGGUGUGUUUGAAAACCUGGUGUAUGAAGAAGUUCUUCAAGUGAAGGUGGAAGAUGCUGUUCUGCUGUUGCUUCGUUCUCUUGAUAGCAAACCAGUGGGGGUGGAGGGGUUGAGGGUCUUCCUGGUCCUGAUUGAGCUUCUUCAUGCGACUCAGAAAGCGUUUGGACCACAGAGCUUAAAGCUGCAUGAGGAGGUUGCCGCCGCCUUCCAAAAACUUCCUCCUGAAAGCCUCCAGAUUAUAGGAGACUGGUGGUAUUCUCUAUCACCCUCUACAAUGGUCAGACAUGUAAACGUGUGGAGGACAGCCCUCUCCGCCCUCUCCUUGCCAGCUUCUCGCUGUUCAGUGAAGACCAUCUUGCUGAUCCUUCAGAACUUGUACAAGGCCAACAAGAAGAAAAUCCCUGAAAAGACAUUUUGUCUGGAAUUUAGCCAGAUGUUUCUUAAUGAAGAUCUGCUUCUUUGGCGUGCAAUGUCCAACAACAAUAUUGGGGAUAAUCCACCCCUCCUUCUCUGUGAUUUCCCAUUCAUUAUGGAUCUGAAGUCUAAGAUAAUGGUUUUUGAUAUGAACACUCAGUUGACUCAGGUAAAUAAGCCUUGGUCUCAAACUCUAAUAAGGAAAACUUCUACAUUAAUUUUCGUCAGAGGGUUGUUACUCGAUUAUCAGAUGUUUGAGAUCAGGUCUCUUCAACAGGGAUCUAUUACCCAAGGAAAUUCUGUUUUUGAACUGAAUCUGCACCGAGCAUCACUUUUGGAGGACGCCUUCGUUCAGCUGGCCGCUGCUCAUCAAACUGAUCUGAAGAAACCCCUCAUGGUGCAUUUUGAUGGCGACGCAAAGCGCACACUAGUCUACAUGUGGGACUUUUUUCAUCACCUCGACAUAGUUAAAAGAAAAAAAGGGCUGUUCAUGUUGAACGACUCUGAAACAAUGGCGUGGUUCUCCUCCAGAACAGCAGAGGAGGACAAGGCCACCUUCCACGUGUUUGGGAUUCUGUGUGGAUUGGCCUUCUACAACAACAGCGUCGUAGACUUGCCCUUCCCACUGGUUCUGUUCAAAAAGCUGGUCGAUGCUGAACCGACUCUGGAGGAUAUGAUAGAGUUCAGCCCAGCAGUUGGAGGGAAUCUGCAAUACAUACUGGACUACAAAGAGGACAACCUGGAAGACCUGGACAUAACAUUUGAGAUUAACUGGGAUGAGACAGAAGUUAACCUGGAUGUAAAUCCAGAAAAGCUGGUCACAAAAGAAAAUAGGAGGGAGUUUGUGGAUGCCUAUGUGAAUUAUGCCUUCAACAAGUCAGUGGAGAGCGUGUUUCAGGAGUUCAAGCGAGGCUUCUUCCUGGUGUGUGACCAACAGCUGGUGAAACUUUUUAGACCAGAGGAGCUGCAGGGUGUGCUGGUGGGUGGAGGCGUCUAUGACUGGGCGACGCUCAAGCGGAACACACAGUAUGAGCUGGGCACCGACGGACACCCAACCAUACGGAUGUUUUGGGAGGUUUUUGAAGACCUAACUGAAGAGCAGAAGAAAGAUUUUCUUUGGUUCCUGACUGGAUCUCGGAAAGUUCCUGUUUUGGGCAUGGGCCAGAUCAGGAUGACCAUUCAAAUCCUGAGUGGCACCAAUGAUCAGCAUUUCCCACAGUCACUGACAUGUCACGCAAUUCUUUCUUUACCAAUGUACUCGACCAAGGAGAUCAUGCGGGAAAGACUGACGGAGGCCCUGAAGCCAGAGAGAGGAUUCAGGAUGUGAUCUGAGUCUGUUAGAAAUAGAAGGAUUUCCAUAUGAACACAUCUCACACACUAACUCAGGGUAAUAUACUGCAAUGAACUGGAAAUAUGUGAUUAAAUGUGGAAGGAAGCACAGAGAUGAAAAUAUACUGUAAACGUUUGCACUAAACAGAAAUAAUUUAUCUGUGAAAACUGCUGCAUUUUAUGGUUUUUUAAAGUAUUUCCAAGAUAAGUGUUUUAUUUUUAUAUGAUAUAUGGGCACAGAGUUCUCAUAACAGUUAAAUGUAUAUAUGAAAGGCAUAUUUCCUUGUGUAUUUAUUUACAUUUUACAUCUUUAACUGCAACUUUUAAUUAUGUGUAUUUUUCCUAAUUUUAUUUCUCAUGUGAUUUUUCUUCCCCCAGUUUGUUGAAAUCCAGAUUAAGAUUCAUUAUAUUCAUAAUAAAACUGAGAUCCUUAAACCCUAUUAAUGUAAUAUUGACCACAACAAUUAUUAACUUUAUCACCUCCACUAACACUGUAAUUAUCUAUAGUCCAUUUGCUUGCAUUGACAAAUAAAAACAUAUUUUAUUAUACUAUAUAUUCUUUUUCUUUUGUUUUGACUUUAAUGACACAUAUUUCUAUGUUGCUAAUUUCUUUUGCAAGUUUAUUUAUUCUACAUUCAUAAAUUUGCACCCCACUUGUGUGUUGCCAAAAGCUGCUGUAAUGGGUGAAUUUCUCCAGUGUCAGAUCAAUAAUGUUUAUCUUAUCUUAUUCAA